CUGGUUAAGUAAAUGUGUUGGCAUAUUUGCUAUUUUAAUAAUAUGAUGCUAUUUAUUCAAGAUGUAGUAGUUUUGUUUACAUAAUAUGAUAAUAAGCAGGCAUUUAGCAAAAUAGGUAGAGUUCAUUCAGUUAGGUAUAGUGGCUGAUGAGUGUUAAUCAUGUCAAGCAAGUUGCAAGAGAAUAAUGGUUACAAAAAAGAUUACCACACUAUAGAUCAAAAUGUGUUUGACGUUUCUAAAUGGGGAACAAGACACAAGCAAUGCGUCCUGUUGUUUUUCAUCCUGACCAUCGCCUACAGCACGCGGUCGUGCAUGGGCGUGGCGCUGGUGGCCAUGGUGCAGAACGCCGGAGCAUCCGCGGCUAACGCCAGCGCACUCGGCGCCACGGCGGUGGCUAACGAUAGCGCACUCGGCGCCACGGCGGUGGCUAACGAUAGCGCACUCAGCGCCACGCCCGCGGCUAACGAUAGCACCCUUGGUGCCACUCUCGCGGUUAAUGGCAGCGUCCUUGGUGCCACUCUCGCGGUUAAUGGCAGCGUCCUUGGUGCCACUCUCGCGGUUAAUGGCAGCGUCCUUGGUGCCACUCUCGCGGUUAAUGGCAGCAUCCUUGGCGCUGCGCCCGCGGCCAACGGCAGCGAGGAGCUGCAGAUCAAGGGAUUCUUUAAUGUUCUACUGCUGUCGCCUCCAUACCCCAAAUUCAAGUGGAGUAAAAAAGUGCAGGACACGGUGAUAUCGGCCUUCUUCUGGGGGUACAUGGCGCUGCAGGUGCCGGGCGGCCACCUCUCGUACAAGUUCGGCUCGCGCUACUUGCUGUUCGGCGCUCUCAUGAGCAACUGUGUGUUAGCCCUGAUCUUCCCAAUUGGUUCUUAUUACGGAGGCUGGAUAUUCGCGCUAGUGUGCAGGAUGGGGCAGGGCCUGAGCCAGGCCUGCAUCCUGCCCAGCUUGCACACGAUGCUCGGCAAGUGGUCGCCGCUGGAGGAAAGAGGGAGAAUGAGUGCUAUCAUUUACGGAGGUCAAGCUCUGGGCACAGUGUUGGGGCUUCCUAUAACCGGAUUUAUAGCGUCUUCACCAAUAUUAGGCUGGCCAGGGAUUUUCCGGUUCUACGGCAUUAUGUCUGGAAUCAUCGCUGUCGUCGUGUGGUUUUUCCUAGCAGACUCUCCGGCGGUACAUAAAACCAUAUCAGUGGCUGAAAGAAGGUACAUUGAAGAAUCGUUACGACAGAAAUCUGAUAACAAGAAGCAACUGGCGGUCCCGUGGAGGAGCAUCCUGAGCAGCCGCGCCAUGCUGGCCAUCGUGGUGGCGCACGUGGGCAGCACGUGGGGGCAGGUCAUCCUGUACUCCGAGGUGCCGGCCUACAUGGACCAGGUCAUGGGGGUCAACAUCAAAGCUAACGGUUUGCUGACAGCUUUGCCGUUCUUCGUGAUGUUCUUCUUCAACUUCUUCUUUAGUUGGCUGAGUGACAUGAUGAUCGUGAAGAAAUAUUUCAGUAUUACUCACACGAGGAAGAUUGCCAACUGUAUAGCUUACGUGCCAGCCGCCAUCGGCUUCAUCGCUCUGGCCUACGCGCCACAGAACAUCUACGUGGUGGAGAGCAUCCUGGUCAUCAUCUGCUGCUUCAAGGUGGCCAGUCACGUUGGGUUUCAUGUGAACCACAUCGACAUUUCGCCCAACUUCGCUGGCGUGAUGAUGGGCAUCAGCAACUUCAGCGCCAACGCCGUCAGCUCGUUCGCACCCAUCAUCGCGGGGCUUGUUCUGACGGACCCGACCGACAAGGAUCUUUGGAAGAUAGUAUUCUUCAUUGCGGCUGGGUUAUACUUGUUCACGAACACCGUGUACCUUCUGCUGGGCACAGCAGAGCCGGCGGACUGGAACGAGCCUGCUGAGUACGCGCGCGUGGCCGCCGGCGACGACGCGCUCGAGAACGAAACCGGCAGUGUUAUGGAAACUGGUGCAGUCAACAGUGGAUAUAAGGAUGGAACUAGUGCAUACGAAGAUAGUGAAAAUAUAAAGAUGCUGAAGAUGUAGAUAAGUUAUGAGUAGAACUUGUGAUAAUUGAAGUUUAAAGUAAGUUAGUUAAUUUCUUGGUUAAAUUUACGAGUAAGUUCAUUUCCAUUUACAUUGAAAAGCUGUGAUGAUUUUUUGUAUUUGUGUGCCAACAGCGGGCGAUGUUACAAAAUAACUACGUACCUAUUUACUUAUGUAGAGAAACUGUUUUUAGUUAGGUAUACUUACUUACAUUUAAUUUACUCUCACAAAAGUUUAUAGAGCUAAGUUGUAACUUUUUAUUUCUAUCGUUGAUUCAUAUUGAUAAAUCCAAACUCACUGUAUAUCAUUGUAAGCAUCAGCAUAUAUAGCAGUCCAGAAUAAUAUCAAUAUUAUUAAAAUGUAAAGUAAC